AUGGCAAGAACCACCCACUUACUGCCACGUCUGCAAAUCGAGACAACUUCCGAAGUUGAGCACCGAUCGUGCCGAUACCCCACCACGCGGCAUCCGGCGGGAUCACAUUUUUCUGAUGCACUCCCUCCCGUCGUGCUCGCUCACUCCCCUUCUGCUGCCCACGCGCACUCCCUCCCAUCGCGUUCCCGACGAUUCCCCUUCCACCGCCCGCGCUCACUCCCCCCUGUCGCGACAGUCCCCUCCGUCACACACGCUCAUUCCCCUCAAUCGCCCACCUUCACUCCCCUCCGUCGCCCACGCUCACUCUCUCCCGUCACCCACGCUCACUCUGACGGGAAGCACGCUCAUUCCCCUUCCGUCGCCCACGCUCACUGCCCGUACUUCGCAUACGCUCACUCCCUCCCGUCGCCCACGCUCACCCCACUCCCGUCGCCUUCACUCAUUCCCCUCCGUAUCCCACGCUCACUCCCUCCCGUCGCCUUCGCUCACUCCCCUUCCGCCGCCCACGCUCGCUCCCUCCCGUCGCGUUCGGCCCCAUCCGUCGCCCACGCUCACUCCCCUGCCGUCACACACGCACGCACCCUCCCCUUGACCGAGAAGGCAUUCUCCGCUUCCGUCGCAUACGCGUUCAUCUCCCCAUGCCUCAUCUCCCCAUCCCUCAUCGCCCCAUCCCUCACCUCCCCAUCCCUCACCUUCCUAUCCCUCCUCGUACCAUCCCUCCUCCCCCCAUCCUUCCUCUUACCAUUCCUCCUCUCCCCAUCCCUCCUCUCCCCAUCCCACCUCUCCCCAUCCCUCCUCUCCCCAUCCCACCUCUCCCCAUCCCUCCUCUCCCCAUCCCACCUCUCCCCAUCCCUCCUCUCCCCUUCUCCGCCUCACCCCAUCUCCUCCGCCUCACCCCAUCUCCUCCGCCUCACCUCAUCUCCUCCGCCCUCCCAUCCCCACCCCGUCCUCCUUCCUCACUUCCCGCUUCCUCCCUGUCUCCUCGCCACUUUCUGCCAUCCCUCCCUUCCUCCUUUCCUCCCAUAA